CAUACAGAGUGUAAUGAAUGCGUGUGAAGCUCCGCCCCCCGGAAGAGGCCGCGGUGUUGCUAGCGUUUGUCGACGCGCUAGCCUCGGAAGCUAAGCUGCUAAGCCGCUAACCGAGCAAACCCGAAGUCGCUAACCGAAUGUCUCAUCUCCGUCCUGGGUGCAAAUCUUCUCUCUGUCGCUGCCAUGAUUCCGCCGCUGUGAACCUUCUCCGCGGACGCCGAGCAGAGUAUUCGUCAAGACUUCCGCUUUUCCGACCGCCAAAUAAGGUGUGAAUGACUGACGUGGUGCCGCCCACUGCGCUCAGCGAAAUCAAACUCCGCCUCCUGUGCCAAGAUGACAUAGACAGUGUUAAAGUGCUGUGUGGUGAUUGGUUCCCCAUCGAGUAUCCCGACUCGUGGUAUCAUGACAUCACGUCGAACAAGAAGUUCUUUUCCCUGGCUGCUACCUUCAAGGGUGGCAUCGUGGGGAUGAUCGUGGCUGAAAUAAAGGGCAGAACAAAAGUGCACAAAGAGGAUGGAGACAUUCUGGCCUCCAGCUUUCCUGUUGACACUCAGGUCGCAUACAUUCUGAGCUUAGGAGUGGUGAAGGAGUUUCGAAAACAUGGAAUAGGCUCCCUGUUGCUGGACAGUCUGAAGGAGCACAUCUCCACGACGGCGCAGGACCACUGCAAGGCCAUCUACCUGCACGUGCUCACCACCAACCUCACGGCCAUUCACUUCUACGAGAACAGAGACUUUAAGCAGCAUCACUAUUUGCCCUAUUAUUACUCCAUCCGAGGAGUGCUGAAGGACGGCUUCACCUACGUCCUGUACAUCAACGGUGGACAUCCGCCUUGGACCAUCUUUGAUUAUAUUCAUCAUAUAGGAUCAGCGCUGGCCAGCUUAAGCCCGUGUUCCAUUCCACAGAGGAUCUACCGGCAAGCACAGAGUCUCCUGCGCAGCUUCCUGCCGUGGUCCAGCAUCUCGUCCAAGAGCGGCAUCGAGUACAGCAGAACCAUGUGAAGGACAGAAGUCUUUCCGUCUUACCAGCUCGACACCUGAACCUCAGCGUUGCCGAUUUUUACACAAAACCCGUCUCGGCCCUUUACAACGUUCAGGCCAUGUAUAAUAUCUGUACAUAAUAUAUACUCAUGAUUAAUAUAUGCAUCGUCUUUAUCCCACUCUCCUCUUAACGUGGCCCCUCCGUGAACUUCAUGCCUGUAAUUACGCUGCUGUGUAGAAAAUUUUCUAUAGUUUGCUCGUAUUUUUAAUAAUUUUUAUGUGUGCCUGCUCUGGAUAAGAAGGUCUAAGGACGCUCGUCGUACAAGUGCACGUUUUUUUUUUUUAAAUUGUGUUUGUUUAUGCGACGUUUUAAGUGAUGGUUUUAAUGCACAGCGUCGGUGCUGUAGAUCAUCAAGAAGUCACUUCUGACCUGUUUUUAAAUUUAAUCUGAAAUGAUCACGCCCAUAAACACAGUGUGUUUUGUUUUUAUACGCAUUAAAACAUGAAUGUAACAGAUAGUCGAUGGUGUAAACAGGUGAAAAUCAGGGAUUUCCAAAAACCAAUAAACAUUGUAAGGAACUGAUUGUGCGUUGCAUGUAGCUUCCUGUUAUGACUGCAGAGAGUUCAGUGGAUUUGGAACCAGGGUCAGGAUUCAUGGAGCGCGAUUUCUUUUUGGCGUGUCCUUUAGGAAAAGAGGCGAGGCACGUUCCUGUUUUACAGUCAUAAUAAACAUUUUUCACAAAACGUACAACAGUGUUAAAUUAAAGGCUCUUUUUUAAAACUCUUUUUCAAGGCCCAAGCUCGUUCUGAACAUUUUGUUUGAAACCUAAAAGCUGUUUUUCUUUUUUCCUCCUCAGACAAGUGAACUGAAGUGAACCGUGUGUGUGUGUGUGAAAGCGAUCAGGCGUCAAAUAACAUGAUUGGUAUAUGAACUUCCUGUUUCAGGUUCCACUAUGGCAGGAAAGCGAUGUUGUGGUCUGUAGAGGAGACAGGAUGAUAUCUCCAUAUAUGGACAGAGAGAAGGUAUUCAAGUGAAAACAACGCCUUAAAAGAUGCUGAAUUUUUUUUUUUUGCACUUAAACGAGCAGAAAGUCUUGAGUAAAAAAACACUAAUUGAAUCAAUUAAAUAAUUAAAUAAAACAUAUAGUAAAAAAAAUACCUCUAUGCAUCCAAAAAAAAAUCAGUAAGUGUGAAAAUAAAUAUGAUGAUCAUGACGUCCUGCUUGUCCAAAAAAAUUCAUUUAAUAAAAAAAAAAAAAAAAAAAAAAAAAAAAGCCAAAAUUUGGUCCUGGAUGCAGACGCGAGAAAUCUGACUUUGACCCAAAUGUUAAAAAAAACCAAAACAAAACAAAAAAAUGCAUCUAUAUAUAGCUGAGUGCAAAAGUUUUUGUCCCCAAGGAAAAAUUGAACCACAACUCUGUAAUAAAGUUUGUAUCCUAAUAAUAAUAAUAAUUUCACGUGUUACAUGACACCAAUCCAAAAUGUAAAGCGAUCUCAACAGAAAAACAUUUUCCGGGCCUUUAAACAGAGAUGUAAAGCUGAAUAUUACACCUGAGAGGAUAUAAAACCUAUAGGAUAAAAGGAUUCGUUUUAGAUUCGAAUGAGGAUUAGAGUUAUUAUGGAAUGUUCAUAGAAAGGAGAAUGAGCUGAUAUUGCUGUUUUUAUUUUUUCCACUGUUUAAAUAUUAACAUAGACGUUUUGACCAUUUUUGGUCGAAACCGUAGACACCAAAACCAGCUUGUUGCUAUAAAUGAUAUUUCUGUCAUGCUCCUUUUUUUUUUUUUUUUUUUUUUGUCUUCAGGGUGUGCACAUUUUUGCACUCAUGUGUAACCCUACUAGAUGCUUGAAUGCAAAUUGUGAAAAGGAAAGAGAAAAUGUCUCUGAGGUCACAGGCUGAGUGUGUAGUGAUUCGUGUGAAAUUCACGUGAAGGCCCAGAUCCUGUUCUGAACCACUGAACAGCAGAUUUCAGAUUGCAGUUGUGCACAUUUCCUCCCCUGAGGAUUGUCAAGUGUUGACUUUAAAGCGAAAAAUCAAUGUUUUUUUUUGUAAUAAAAAGGACAAAAUAUGAAUUUUCCUAACCCCAUGUGAUUUCUUUUUUUUUUUUUUUAUGUUAAGAUGUAGUUUUUAAGUGCAUGAAGCUCUGUGCAACAGCUCUCUCAACUGUCCAAGAUUUGCAAUGACACGAUUGUAAAGUGAUUCGUUUUAUUAUUUAUUUAAUGCAUCAGUUAAAAUUUUCUCGAUCAAAUGAAAUGUCUUCAGUGUAUUGGCUACAUUUCUUUUUCUACCAAGACUGACAUGUACCACUUUUUUAAAUCCGCGUAUCUGUUUGUUUUAUUUUUGUUCCACUCAUCCAUCAGUGCAGUCGUACAUUUCAAGAUGACGUAAGAGUUUUGUGAGAGAGAACACGAGGAAAUAAAAGAUAUGAAAAGAA